AUGUCACGCUAUGCUCCGCCGCCACCCGCUUACGCUCCGCAACAAGUCGCCGUUCAACCGCGUGAUUUAAAUUAUCUUUUUGCAUUUAAAAAUGAAUGGAAUCGACCGUUAUUUUCAUCAUUCAAACCGUGUCCCAAAUCCGCUCUCGCAUGUUUCUGCACGCCAUGUUAUACAGCUAAAGUAAUCGAUCGCACGAAUGAUAACUACUGUACUGGCUUUUGUAACCCAUGGUCAUUAAUGGCUCUACGUACGAAAGUUCGAACAGCUUUUCGAAUUCAAGGUAAUCUUGUCGAAGAUUGUCUAGUAGCCACCUGUUGUACCGCACCUUGUGCUAUUUUACAAAUCGACCAUGAACUGGAUUGUCAAGGUAUUCCAGCCAUGGGUGGCAAACGUCUGAUGUAA